AGCAACUUUUUUUAUUAUUAUUUAUUUAUAUCUCUUCUUCUUCUUUACUUCACCAAAAAUUCUUCAAUUAUAAUUUUUUUUCUAUUAAAAAAAUGGUACAUUCAAAGAAGUUUAGAGGUGUGAGGCAACGCCAUUGGGGUUCUUGGGUUUCUGAAAUUAGACACCCUUUGUUGAAAAGAAGGGUAUGGUUAGGGACAUUUGAUACAGCAGAAGAAGCAGCAAGAGCAUAUGAUGAAGCAGCAAUAUUAAUGAGUGGAAGAAAUGCAAAAACUAAUUUUCCAAUAACACAAGAUUUGGAUAAUAAUAAUAAUAAUAAUAAUAAUAAUAAUAAUAAUAAUAAUAAAGAUGUAAAGGCUAAAGAUCAAGAAUCAUCAUCAUCAUUUUCAUCACCAAAAGCUUUAUCUGAAAUACUUCAUGCCAAGUUGAGGAAAUGUAGCAAGGUUCCAUCACCAUCUCUCACUUGUUUAAGAUUGGAUAUUGAAAAUUCACACAUAGGAGUUUGGCAAAAACGUGCUGGCCCUUCUUCUGAUUCAAAAUGGGUAAUGACAGUUGAACUUCAAAAGAAAAAUAAUCCCAAAAAUAUUAAUGUUCAUGAAGGAGAAUUAAAUAAUAAUAAUAAUAAUAAUAAUAAUAAUAAUUCCAAGAAUAGUUGUGGUGAAAUAACUAUUAGAAGUGAAAUGGAUGAAGAAGAAAGAAUUGCAUUGCAAAUGAUUGAAGAAUUGCUUCAAAGAUGAGAUAAAAAUAACAAAAUUUGUGACGGGUAAUUUCUGUCGCUAAAUAACAAAAAUCUGUCGAUGCUGAUCCAA